UGCAUGAAAUUUCCACUAUAAAGUUUUUUACAAGUAACUAUUUUGUUUGAAGGAGUUAUUGUAGACAAUGAUCCCACGAGAGCAUUCCAUAGGAGCCAAUUAGUUUUUCAUGAUUCAACCGAAACAUAGAUUUGUUGUCUGACACUGAAGUUGUACUGUAAUUUCAACACAGGUGUGUCUUUCUCCCUAAAAUCUAAUAAUAAUAUUGAAUUUCUCAAUCCUUCCUCUUGUUUCAUGGCUGCCAACUCAGAGAGAAAUAAUUCCCUCUGAAAACCCAAAUUAGGGUUUUUGAACCCAAAAGAGAAUAAACAGCGUCGAAUCCAUUUCCUCAAUUCAAUGGUUGCACCUAAUUUUCGCAACCAAUUUACGUCUGUUUCAUGGACACAUACCCAGCUUUUUUACUCUAGGUUGUAAUUUCUCUCUCUAGGAUUUUCUGUUGGACCUGUUUCUCUUUUUCAAGGUUCCAUGGUUUUCUCUUCCUUUUAACUCGUUCUAUGCAGUACAGAUCUAGAGAUAGACCUAGUAUUUGUUCUUAAUGAUGGGAUUAUGCUUGAUUUCUUGCUCUAGAGCUUUCAUCCCUGCUCCUGCUUUCUAGGUUCUUUUCAAUCUCUCUCGUACAUUAGAUAUAGGAAUAAACUGCAGAUCUAGAGAAGAGGAAUCAAUAGAAUUAAUUCUGAAAUUGUGCAAAUUGGGUGUUGGUUUGCAAAGUAUUUUUUAAGGCUGCCUUACCAGUGUUCGUAAGAGCUCCAUAUGGACGAAAAAAUUUUAAAGAUAAUAGAUGAAUGGGUGAUUACUGACAAUUGAAUGUUGCCAUGAUUUAUUUGUUUAUUAGGCAUUGUAUUGCAACAAUUUUAUGAUUUGUUUAUUGGGUCGAAGCAAUCUUGAUGUUAUAGAUAUUAUUGUCUUAGAAAUGGAAUUAAGACUUGUAAAACCAUUGGAAUUGAGUUACAGAGAGUUUUGUAUUGUUAUUUGAUAUUGGAGGGGCAUUUUUUUUUUUUUUCCGUGAAAUUCAUGAUGGGUCUCCCUGUUACUAGCCCGAGAUCUCAUGUAGCAACGGAACAGAAGACUCCUAUGAGUAAUGUCGGUCGAAAAAGCUUCAAUUCUCGGGUUUCGGUGCAUAGAAAGAGCUGGGUCUCGAGAUCUUUCUACCUAUUGAUGGUGAUUUUUUCUGUUGUUUCAACUUAUAUAAUUUUAGGUCAAGAUUAUAUUCAUGUGUUUCCAACCAUUGGGCAGAAAAGUUUUGAUGGGAUCUUUGGAUAUUGGGCAAGCAAUAAAAGCUGUAAUGUGUUCAGUGGAAGCUGGGUUAUUGAUCAAAGUUACCCAUUGUACAAUAGUUCUCUUUGCCCAUUCGUCGAGAGAGGUUUCAAUUGUGAGAGAAAUGGGCGGCCGGAUAACGAAUACAUGAAAUUAAGAUGGCAGCCUCAUAACUGUGAUAUCCCAAGGUUUGAUGUACAAAGUGUAUUACAAAGGCUUCGGGGAUUACGGAUUGUUUUUGUUGGUGAUUCAAUGGGCAGGACACAAUGGGAGUCUCUUAUCUGUCUGCUUAUGACUGGUGUAGAAGACAAACGCUCUGUAUAUGAAGUGAAUGGGAACAAAAUUACAAAGCAAAUCAGGUUUUUGGGUGUUAGGUUUCGGUCCCAUAAUAUCACCCUGGAAUAUUUUCGAUCACCUUUCCUUGUACAGAGGAGCAGCCCACCAAAGAAUGCUCCUAAAAGGGUCAAAUCGACUGUUAAGCUGGACAGAUUGGAUUCUAUUAGCAAGAGGUGGAUUCAAUCUGAUUUCUUGAUUUUUAAUUCAGGGCAGUGGUGGACACAUAUGAAGACAUUUGAUGUGGGCAACUAUUUCCAGGUGGGUGACACUCUGAAGCUCGGCAUGCCCAUCACCACUGCCUUUCAAACCGCCAUAACAACAUGGGCUUCAUGGGCUAAAGAAAACAUCAACAUGAAUCGAACCCAUGUCUUUUUUCGGACAUUUGAAACAUCUCACUGGAGAGAUGUUGCUUCAGAGAGAUCCUGCCGAUUGACAAGCUAUCCGAUGUCAGGAACCGAAGGUCUCGAUCAAAACCCAUUUGCCUCAAUUGUAAGAGAGGUUGUAUACGGCAUGAAAGCACCUGUUAAACUUCUUGACAUAACGUACAUGUCUGCCUUGCGAUGCGAUGCUCAUUUGGGAAAGUGGAGUGACACACCGUCUGUGCCUGAUUGCAGCCAUUGGUGUCUUCCAGGUGUUCCGGAUGCUUGGAAUGAGCUCCUCCUCACCCUUACAGCUCCAAAAAACGGGACACAACCAGCAUGAGAGAGAGAGAUUUGAUUUGUUUGGUAACAUUCUUUAUGUAAAUGAGUGAAGUGCAGGAAACGAAAAUGUUGGUUUUGUUUGGCAUGGUUGAAUUUCCACUGAUCAAAGGUUGGUGUGAAAUUUGCUUGAAAAUCAGUAAAUGGUCCGUGUGCGUGUGUUCGCGGUGAAAUUUGCUCAA